AUGUCCAAUGUUGCCACUCUUUUACCCACUUCUGUCGCCUUGAGUAGCGAUGCUGCGAUUGAAGCAAUACUAUCUGAUAUCCCUCUCUUUUGUGAAGGGAUUAUGGGCAUCGGCGUCUUCACUUUUCUUUUUUUCACCAAACAUGUCAACUUACUUUCCAUCUUUCUUUAUGGCACCUCCUUCAUAGCGUUUGCAGCCGCUACUCUCGAUUUGGGCCAAGUACUUGCUCGUGGACCCCAAGACACUGCAAAGGGCAUAGGCCUCGAUAGUGUAGUGGGGUUCAUCUAUGCACGAGAGGUCUUUCUUGCUCUAUCAGUCGGAUCGCUCGAUCUCUUCUUCUGGAAACUUGUUGCUCAAAGUCCAAGAGAGGAACUGAGCUUGGUCGGGAGUAAAGACCGCAGUCAGAUACACAGCGCAAGUUGGAAUUAUUGGGGUGCUAUUGGCACUGUGCUUAAGUGGGGUAGCCUUUCUGCCUUGCUUUCAGUUCCGUUGCUUCAGAUCCUUUGGAGGACAAUGUCUGGCCAGCGCAAAUAUGGUUGCAUAUACAUUGCGGAAACUAUCAUACAAACCUCCAUCACCUUCGUUUUCGUUCUGAAGUUGAUGCUCAAUGUUUACAGCUCUACUAGAACUUGGUGGGACGCCUUCAAGUUCCAGAUUGUACCUGUCGCAGCAUUAUUUAUUGGGGCAGGUCUUGGUGUCGGUAAUAUCAUCAUGUUCGCAUUCACCGAAACAUCCCUGGGUAGACUUCUUCGUGCUGUCGAAGUAUACUGCCUAAUUGUCUUUUGCCUGUACACGACGUUCCAUGGCCUUCCAACUAGUCACUCCUCACCUCUAACAGAAUCUCCAACCAACGUGGAUAGGGAAAAGUUCAGAGGUAAUGAUCUUCUCCCAUUUGCUUAUUCAAGCACCGGUUACAAUGCGCAGUAUAACGCAAGUUCCCAACUUAAGAUGAUGCAAAGACCGGACAGCAAUUCAAGAGUGUCCAAUUUAUCCUGGAUUUUGUCACGCAGAGAACGCUUUCCUCAGUCCACCGAUGCCCUGCAGCGAAGUGACGUCCCGACCCAAGGACCGUCAAUAGAAGCCAUUGCAUUUUCUUCACAAGAAGUAGACACUGGUUCAGGUGGGCUCGUAGUGCACCCCGACCGUUCCGAAUCCCCUUCCUCAUUUGUCAAAGAUCGAGAAUCGUUCAAGUCAGACGCAGCCUUUACCACCGUGUCACUGUCUUAUUAUACCAUGGGGGAUAGAACGAAGUUGACCAGCCGACACUCCCAACCGCAACCACAUAACCUAGAACAGACAGGUUCUGAUCAUGAAAAGGAAAAUCCUCGUCACAUAGUGGAAAAUUCAGUAUUUCCGCCCCCACUAUCUGACAAUCAACAAGGAAGCAUUUCUUCAAUUGAUGAAAUUUUUCGACAGCAAAACGAACUGGAUAAGAGCAUUGCCGCAUUGCGACUACUUUCAAUGCAGGGUCUUUCAGUUCAAUCGCAGCUAUCCAUUCCUGGGCCGACAACUACGACCACCAAAUCCUUUGUCCGGUCAAGAAGUACCCUCAACAGCAGCAAAACAGAGUCGAUUUCCAACCGUAGUGACUUCUCGCUUUCAAUUUUCCCAGAACCCCCUCCCACCAUUCAACAAGCCCAGGCAACUGCAACGACUAGAUAUAGUCUUCCUGACGGCGCUAAUAAUAUGGACAAUGUAGUGCCGCCUAUGCCCAUCGACAAAGUUGAAGCAAACCAUAGGGAAGUUGUAAAACCCUCCCGUCUCCCCGCUGAGAGCCUAUCAGAGUCGAGAUCUCCAGUCCAGAUGGAACCCAUUCCCCUUCCUGAUUCAAAUGACAUCCAGUACAAUUCUCUGUAUGAAGGCAAGUAUUUGAAGGAUCCGCCGGGGGUUGGCACAUCGCUCGGCGAACCUUCAUCCUCAUCCUUAUCAUCGGAUGACGAAUCUGCAACUGUUGCGUCUGCUGUUGCGCUGCGACCCAUGAUCUUGGCUUCAACAGUUUUGGCUUUAUCAUCGGUUCAAGAGUUCGAUGCUUCACGCACAACAGCCCCGUCAAGUUACAAUGCAGACCCAGGGAAAUCCAGUUCAUUCCGAGAUUCAAGUAGCAGUCAGAACCUUCGACCAUUGCUAUUAGGCAAAUCUAUUUCCUCGAUACCCCAGACGAUGCCAAGUGCCACAAUGAUUCCUCUGGCACAGCGUCGUAGGCAAAGGGGUGGGACGCUUACUAACGUACCACGGCCUGUAAUCGGUGCGCCGAAACUAGAUUCCCAAACGGAAGCACCUCCUGGAGCAUUUGAGAGGCCAAGGCCACCCCCAGGUCUGCGUCCCAGCCGGUGA